AUCUCCUCAUCUCUGUUUUUGAGCUUUUUCUCUCUGGAGAGAGAUUCUUCAGCGAGAGAGAGAGAAGCUCACAAACUGAACACUUCAAAAUACACAGAGCUCUUCGGCUUUUCGAAAGACUGCAAUAAUGGAGUUCCGUGGAGAUGCCAAUCAGAGGAUUUCAAUGAUUUCGGCUCAUCUUCAACCUUCUUCCACUCCUCUGAUGGAGGGGACUUCGGUAUUGGGGCGAGAAAACUGCAGAGGGAAAGGCGGGAAUCCUGGUUUCAAAGUAGCAAUUCUGGGAGCUGCAGGGGGAAUUGGGCAAUCCCUCUCGAUGCUUCUGAAGAUGAACCCUCUUGUUUCAGUACUUCACCUCUAUGAUGUCGUCAAUGCCCCCGGUGUAACAGCAGACAUCAGUCACAUGGACACUGGAGCUGUUGUUCGUGGCUUCUUGGGGCAACCUCAGCUUGAAAACGCGCUUACGGGGAUGGACCUUGUGAUCAUACCAGCUGGUGUGCCGAGAAAACCCGGGAUGACAAGAGACGAUCUCUUUAAGAUCAACGCUGGAAUCGUUAGGACACUCUGUGAGGGCGUGGCCAAGCGCUGUCCUAACGCCAUUGUCAACUUGAUCAGCAACCCUGUCAACUCUACUGUUGCAAUUGCGGCUGAGGUUUUCAAGAAAGCUGGGACUUAUGAUCCUAAGAAGCUUUUGGGAGUCACCACACUUGAUGUCGUUCGUGCCAACACAUUUGUGGCAGAAGUUCUCGGGCUCGAUCCCAGAGAAGUUGAUGUGCCAGUUGUUGGAGGACAUGCAGGUGUCACGAUCUUGCCAUUGCUAUCACAGGUUAAGCCUCCUAGCAGCUUCACACCUGCAGAAGUUGAGUACCUUACAAACCGUAUUCAAAAUGGUGGAACUGAAGUCGUCGAGGCAAAAGCUGGAGCUGGAUCGGCAACACUGUCAAUGGCAUAUGCUGCAGCAAAGUUUGCAGACGCUUGCCUCCGUGGAUUGAAGGGUAAUGCAGGAGUAGUGGAGUGUGCCUUUGUAGCUUCACAGGUCACAGAGCUGCCUUUCUUUGCAACCAAGGUACGUCUUGGUCGUGUAGGAGCAGAGGAAAUCUACCAGCUUGGACCUCUAAACGAGUAUGAAAGGAUCGGUCUGGAGAAAGCCAAGGCAGAAUUAGCCGGAAGCAUUCAGAAAGGGGUCGACUUUAUCAGAAAAUGAGUGAAAACUCCAAUACAAAUUUCAGAGGAUUUGACCAUAUAUACAUCUAUUCUCUCCAGUCCUCGCUUGUGUACUCUUUCACAUUUCGGUGUACUAAAGUUUCCGAGUGAAUGGACCCUAUUGAAAUCACGAGGCAGAGCAGGAAAAAACCCAUCUGAUAAACCAGUCAAUACACACUAUAUAUAUGAACCAUUAUAGCAAAAGGGUUCAUUUCUCAGGCUUA